AGAGAACUUUUUCUUGGUAAGCACACCUAUCAGUCAACACUUUCUAAAUUUAUAUCUAGUCGUCGAGUCCCAUUGCAGAAUCCCACAAACGUUAUCUUAAUUCUGUCACAGCCCGUGACUUUAUCUUACCGUUGUUACGAACUCGCCCGAACUACUAUAUGCCCAAACCCAGUGCCCGUUCUGCCUACCAUGUACCAAAGUACACCUUUUCUUUUGCCAUCCUUCUCUAUAUAUCUCCCUCUAUAGAUGUAGAGCAAGUUUUUUCUUCUUUUUAAUUUUAAACUUCUCUUUUUUUUAUUUCCCUCUGUAGAUCAAAAGGCGGCUUAAGAAAUCGAACGCAGUGGACGGAUCUAAGGUUGAAUUAGAUUGGGUAAACGGGAGAAUCACGGUUAAAGGGAAUUAGGUUUUUAGAUUUGUGAUUGGGGAAAUUAGGGUUUGGUUAAGGGGAGAUUUCUCAUUUCUGUCGGAGAUAAGGUUGGGGUGGAUCUAGGGCUUGAGUUGGUGAAAGUAGGGAAGCUGGAAUUCAAGAGGGGAAAAAAGAUAGAUAUUAGGAGGGCGGAUUGAUGGUACUCGAAGGGGAAAAUGCAAGACUAUGCAUGGGCGGGGAGGAGAUGAUGAGAGGAAAAAGGUACGGCAGAUGUGGACAGUCCCUACACGUGCAACGGAGGUUCUGAAUGGUGAUGGUGUUGCUUCGCCCUCUUUUUCUUCUUCCUCAGUUAAUUCAUUUUCAAAGGAUGGACGCAAGAUCAGUGUUGGUGACUGUGCUCUUUUCAAACCACCUCUAGAUUCUCCACCUUUCAUUGGAAUAAUUCGUUGUCUGACUGCUAGCAAAGAAAAUAAGUUAAAGUUGGGUGUUAAUUGGCUUUAUCGACCUGCUGAAGUAAAGCUUGGUGAAGGCAUCCUGUUGGAAGCUGCGCCAAACGAAAUCUUUUAUUCCUUUCAUAAGGAUGAGAUUCCUGCUGCAUCAUUACUCCAUCGGUGUAAAGUUGCAUUUCUUCCCAAAGACGUUGAACUUCCAUCAGGUUUUUGCUCAUUUGUUUGCCGGCGAGUUUAUGAUAUUACAAACAAGUGUUUAUGGUGGCUAACUGACCAAGAUUAUAUUAAUGAACAACAAGAAGAAGUAGAUCAGCUAUUAUAUAAGACGCGCUUAGAAAUGCAUGCUACAGUCCCGCCAGAUGGAUGUUCACCAAAGCCAGUGAAUGGUCCAACAUCAACAUCACAGUUAAAACCUAGUUUAGAGAGUGUACAGAACACUGCUUCAUCAUUUCCUUCUCAGGGUAAGGGAAAGAAAAGGGAGCGUGGUGAUCAAGGCUCCGAGCUUAUCAAACGGGAACGCACUAGUAAAAUAGAUGAUGGGGAUUCUGGUCAUGGUAGACGAGAAAUUAAUUUAAAAUUUGAGAUUGCAAAAAUCACUGAAAAGGGGGGCCUAGAAGAUUAUGAAGAUGUUGAGAAAUUAGUUCAUCUCAUGGUGCCUGAGAGAAAUGAAAAGAAAAUAGACUUGGUGAGCCGGUCAAUGCUUGCCAGUGUAAUAUCAGCUACAGACAAGUUUGACUGUCUUAAUCGUUUUGUUCAGCUGAGAGGGUUGCGUGUUUUUGAUGAAUGGCUCCAGGAAGUCCACAAAGGGAAGAUUGGUGAUGGUAGUGGUUCCAAGGAUGAUAGAUCGGUUGAUGAUUUUCUUUUAACCUUACUACGAGCACUUGAUAAGCUACCUGUAAAUCUCACAGCUUUACAGAUGUGUAACAUUGGUAAGUCUGUGAAUCAUUUGCGUACUCAUAAGAACAUAGAGAUACAGAAGAAAGCAAGGAGUUUAGUUGAUACAUGGAAAAAAAGAGUUGAAGCUGAGAUGGAUGCCAAGUGUGUCUCAUCUCAUGGUGUUCCCUGGUCUGCAAGGUCUCGACUUUCGGAUGUUUCUCACAGUGGAAGCAAGCAUUCUGGGUCAACUGAGGUUGCCGUGAAGAGUUCAGCCACUCAGCUUUCUGCCUCUAAAACUAUUUCGGUUAAGCUUACUCAAGGAGAGACUGCAACCAAGUCUGCUUCUGCAUUGGUGGGAUCUACGAAGGCAGCAAUAUCGCCUGCUUCUGCCAGUGCAAAUUUAAAAGAUGUGCAGGCACGAGGUGCAACUGUUGUUGGCACCUCUGAUCCUCAAACAACAGCAAAGGAUGAGAAAAGCAGCAGUUCGAGUCAGUCCCACAACAAUAGUCAAUCUUGUUCUAGUGACCAUGCAAAGACUGGAGGAGUUUUUGUGAAGGAGGAUGCAAGAAGUUCUGCAGCUGGCUCUGGAUCAGUGACUAAGAUCUCGGGUAAUUCUUCCAGGCACCGGAAAUCCAAUAACGGUUUACCAGGGUCCUCUGGAGUUCAAAGGGAAACUGGAUCAGGCAAAAAUUCUUCUUUGCACAGAAAUCUUGCUUCAGAAAAAGUAAUACAGUCUGGUUUAACGUGUGAAAAGGCUGUGGAUGCUCCUAUGGCUGAGUCUAAUAGUCAUAAGUUCAUUGUUAAGAUCCCAAAUCGAGGUAGAAGUCCAGUACAAAGUGCCAGUGGAGGAUCUCUUGAAGAUCACUCAGUCAUGAAUAGCAGGGCUUCUUCUCCUGUGCUUUCAGAGGCGCUUGAACAAUUUGAUCGUAACUUGAAGGAGAAGAAUGAUAGUUACCGGACUAAUGUUGCUACUGAUGCCAAUACUGAAUCAUGGCAGAGCAAUGACUUAAAAGACAUGCUAACAGGGUUUGAUGAGGGAGAUGGUUCACCUGCAGCUGUUCCCGAUGAAGAAAACUGUAGGACUGGAGACGAUGCUAGGAAAACAAAUGAAGUUACUAAAACUGCUUCAUCUUCUGGAAAUGAACAUAAAUCAGGGAAAGUGCAGGAGCCUUCUUUCAGCUCCAUAAAUGCUUUAAUUGAUAGUUGUGUCAAGUUCUCUGAAUCAAAUGUGUGCAUGCCUGUUGGAGACGAUGCUGGAAUGAAUCUGCUUGCUAGUGUGGCUACUGGAGUAGAUGUGGCUUCACUGAUAGAUUCUCCACAAAGAUAUACCUCCCUUGUUGAGCUCUCUUACACAGGCAAUGAUACAAAACUAAAACCUUCUUCUGGGGAUGAGGUUGUCCGAGAUCAAAAUCAGUCUGUUGAGAGUGCCAAUGAGCAUCUGAAGCAGGCAGUUGGUGGUAAUUCAUGGGCUAAGAAUGCAGACAGCAAGAUUGGUUCCUCUCAAGAAAAAUAUAGAGAGCUGAAUGAAAAUUUAUCGUCUUCAAGAAUUCCGUACACUGCAGACCCAUGUGUUGAAAAUGAUAAAUUAAAGGAAAGUGUAACCACCACUUUAAUUAAUUUGCCCUCUGCAAGCACUGUGGAGAGAACUACUGAUAUUGGAGAUUGCAAAGAGCAUCUGGAGAAAAAGGCAGGUGGAAUGGAUGGUGAUAGCAGUUUGGGUACUAAACAAAAAUGGUGCUCUUCUGUGGCCAAUGAAAAUAAAGUCAUAGAUCCAUUUGUAGAAGUUGAGAAAAAAGAAGUUCUAGGAUCUUCAUCUGUACCUUCUGUCGAAGUUGAUGUUGACAAUAAGAAAACUGUCUCUGAAGGUUCAGAAAGAAGUUCACAGACUCAUCAGAAGUCACCAGUUGUUGGACAUUCCCCCAAAGGAACUGAGAAAGAAGCUUUGCCUCCUGGAUUUGGUAAAGAUGCAGUUUUCGAAAAUGUUGAUGAAGUGAAGGCUGAGAAGGAUGUUGAGACUAAGGCACCUGGUCAUACUGGUGAAUGCGAAACUGUCAGUGCCCAGAAAGGCGAGCUUGUGGAGCAGAAGCUAGAAGAUAAUGAGGGUAAUGAACCAUGUGCUGGACCAUCUCCUUGUGUAUCACCUACUGUAAGGGAUAAAGAACAACCUAUGAGGCCAAGGGGGUCUAAUUUGACUGGUGAAGAGGCAGAUGAAGCUGAGGAAGGGACAUCAGCUACUAGAGAUGCUCCUGUUACAGGUGGUACAGAUUCAGAUGCAAAAGUAGAAUUUGACUUGAAUGAAGGCUUUAAUGCAGAUGAGGGGAAAUUUGGAGAUCCUAAUAACUUGACAGCAUCAGGAUGUUCAGCUCCUGUUCAAUUAAUUAGCUCCUUGCCUUUCCCUGUUUCUUCUGUGUCUAGCGGCGUCCCUUCUACAAUUACUGUUGCUGCUGCUGCUAAAGGGCCUUUUGUUCCCCCAGAUAACCUUCUGCGGACUAAAGGGGCACUUGGUUGGAAGGGAUCAGCAGCCACAAGUGCAUUCCGGCCAGCUGAACCCAGAAAGAUUCUGGAUAUGCCUCUGGGUACAAGUAACAUCACUAUUGCUGAUGCUAGUAUUAGGAAACAAAGUCGUCCUCCUUUGGAUAUUGAUUUGAAUGUACCUGAUGAGAGAGUCCUUCAGGAUCUAGCUUCCCGAAGUUUUGCUAAGGUCACAGACUCUGCACUGGACCUUACUAGUACUCAUGAUUUAACAUGUGGGAUGGUGGGUUCUCCACCCACUCGGUCCUCCGGGGGACUUGAUCUUGAUUUGAAUAGAGUUGAUGAGCCUGCUGAUUUGGGUAAUCACUCAACUGGGUAUAGUCGUAGACUGGAUGUCCCUAUGCAGCCUAUAAAAUCAUUGUCUGGGAUUCUUAAUAGUGAAGUAACUGUCCAUAGGGACUUCGAUUUGAAUAAUGGUCCUGCUGUUGAUGAGGUAAGCACUGAACCAUCACUAUUUAGUCAUAAUGCUAGAAGCAGCAAUGCCCCAUCUCGACCAUCAGUUUCCAGCCUCCUGAUGAACAGUACUGAGGUGGCAAAUUUCUCAUCAUGGUUUCCUACUGAGAAUACAUACUCAUCUAUUGCAAUACAAUCGAUCUUACCUGAUAGAGAGCAGCCUUUCCCAAUUGUUGCAACUGCUGGGCCACAUAGGGUGUUGGGCCCACCUAUUGGUGCCACCCCUUUUAAUCCUGAUGUCUAUAGGGAACCCAUGUUGUCAUCUUCACCAGCAGUGUCAUUUCCAUCAACUCCUUUCCAGUAUCCUGUUUUCCCCUUUGGAACAACAUUUCCUCUUCCUUCUAGUAGCUUUUCUGUUAGCUCAACUACUUACGUUGAUUCAUCUACGGGUGGGAGGUUUUGUUUUCCUCCAGUUCAUUCGCAAUUGUUACGACCUGCUGGUGCUGUACCAUCCCAUUACCCGAGGUCCUAUGUUGUUAGCCUUCCUUAUGGUAGCAAUAGUAGUGGUGCUGAGAACGGUAGGCAUUGGAGAAGGCAAGGUCUAGACUUAAAUGCUGGGCCUGGAGUUCCAGACAUUGAAGGAAGAGAUGAGUCCGCACCUCUUGCAUCAAGGCAACUGUCUGUUGCCAGUUCACAAGUCCAGGCAGAGGAGCAAGCAAGAAUCUAUCAGGUUCCUGGUAGCAUUUUGAAAAGGAAGGAACCUGAGGGAGGAUGGAAUGGAUACAAGCAAUCUUCAUGGCAGUAGGAAUCAAGAAACCUUAAAUGUCACAUCUGAUGACUCAACUCAAGGCAUGUAUUCAAGGAUGGGAAUUGGCUAACCUCCAGAGGUCAUUUACCCUGUGUGCUCUUAGAGGAUGGGUGUUCAUCUGCAACAGUUGUGAUUCCUGCCAACUUUGAUAUCAAUGUUUUUAUAAGGUGUUGGCACAGAGGUAGCGUUUGAAGUCUGAUGUUGCACGUUCACCUCUAUUGGCCCUUGUGAUGACCAGUGACUGGCAACAAUGUUAUUCAUCUUUUGCUUGUGCUUCGCCUUGAUGUUUCUGUUGAUCGAAUUUGCUAGGUAGGUGUCAUGAAGCAAAGCCUUGUAUGUAUUCUGGAACUACUAAUAUAACUACAGCAGUUCUAGGUGAUUAUAACGUUUUCAAGACGGAUUGGCACUGUUGUUAAGUAUGACUAAUUUAUUUUGAAGGGAAACUACUCUCAAUCCCUUUGAUUUGCUGCCUGCAGUGUUGGGAUUAGAAGUCAAGUUCACGAGUGAAACUCAACAAUAGGGUAAUAUUUUGGGAAAAAAGAGAAUGGGGUAAUGACUUCUGUACUAACCGACUAUUGGGCUUGAAUGUAGUUGUUCAAAAUGUGUAAAGCAAAUUCUGGUAUGUUGAUUAUACAUGGUGUAGUUAUGGUUAUAGAUCAUGCAUUGUUUUAUUUAUAAA